CCUUCUUCUUACUCGGUUGUUGUUUAUCUCGCAUCCCGGAAGUUGUGUAACUGCCCGGCAUCUGCACAUUAGGGUCAUUUUUGUCCGUUUAAUACUUCUACUUUUUUUCCUUCCGAAUAAUAAAAAAUGGUCAAUCUUGGUAUUACUAGAGUGGACGAUGCGUUGGCGGCAAAACAUCCGGGCUUAGAAAGAUAUGCAGCCUGCCAGUCUCAUGCUUUCAUGAAGGGGACUGGGACAUUUUUGCUUGGUGCUGUUGGUUUUUUUCUUGUCCAGAAAGUUCUACAGAAGAGACUUCCGUAUCCUCUGCAAUGGAAUCUACUUAUUUCCAUCGUGGCGUCAUCAGUAGGCAGCUACGCCGUGACACGGUGGGAAACGCAGAAGUGCUCUGACCUCUGGUUGCUACUAGAAACUGGAAAAGUCCCAGACAGAUCCCAGCCACAGGUGUCUAAAGUAGAGGAACAAACAGAGGCGAAGACCAAAUAUGGUGACGUGAUGGAUUGAAAGUGAAUGGACUCUUGUUAAGUGUGUCACACAACACAGCAGCCACAGAACCAAUGUUGUAAUAGCAGUAAUUGCUCACUCAGCCAAUCGGAAUACAGCUGAGGAGUUCAUUGUAAACAACAACCCCAACAGCUAAUGAGCACAACAAACAUUUUAAACCACAUAAAUAUGUAAAUGCUGGCCACUUAUCAUUUAGCUACUGCUAUCUCACUGAAAACUACAUUAGGAGGUUGCCUACAGCCACAGCUGGUAUAACAAGGUUUUUAACCAGUUGCUAGAAUUAAAGAGCCAAGUGGUUAUUCCCCCUCUUUUUAUUAGUCUGAUUUGUUGCAAGAUGCUGACCUACCUCAGAAUUGUUACCCUUCGGAAACAAUAAAUAUUUAAAUGUUCAGUUCCAAAUUCAAACUAUUGAAGUUAAUUUCUGUGUACCGGUAAUUGGAUCUUAAUUUCAACUAGAAUUUGAGAAGAAAAAAAAAGUCAUUUUUUGAUAAUGUGUGACGAGUUGACCUAAAGCAGGGGUGUCCAAAGUGCGGCACGGGGGCCAUUUGCGGCCCGCAAGUAAUUGUUUACCGGCCCGCCACACAUUCUGCAAAAAUUGCAAAAUUGAUAAUAUUGCAAAAAUUUAAAAAAAGUGGAAUGAGGUGAAAUCUAACAAGAAAAAGUUGCAAUGUUGACACAAAGCUGCCAUGCAGGCUGUUUUUUUCUUUUGUCUUUGUUUAUUUUUCUUUUUUUUGCCAUUGCUAAAAAAAAAAAAAAGACUAAAAAUCUACGUUACAAUGAAUUAUUACUUAAAAAAUAUCACUUUAAAAUGUUUUAUGUGGAAAAAAUAUUGCAUAUAUUGUGUGGUUGCCAUGAAAAAACAUCAAAGUUUUAUUUGACAAAAGAGCAUAAUACAAACAAAAUAAUAGUUCAAACGUAAAAUCGACAGAUAUAUCUGAAGUUGAUCUCGUAAUUUAAGUGUUAAAAGUAAAAAAAAACCUAAUAAAAAUGUAUCACUUUUUGAGUGGGGGACCUUUUGGAUCCCAAAUAUAUUUAGUAGGAUUUUAUUUAACUUUUCACUGAGAUUACUCAAAAAUAUUAAAGAAUUAAAAUCAAUGGUGUCCUACAUUAUUGAUCUUUUGGGGCUCUAAUUACUAAAUACUGCAUAUUUCAGUUUUACUAUAAAAAACAAAGUUGUCUUUGACAGAAAAGGCAUAAAACCUUUUUUUUUUUAACUUUACAUCAACCUGAAGUUGAUAUAGAGAUUUACUGUAAGCGUUAAAUAAAAAAAAAUAAUAAUUUGACUUAUUUUUUACAUUUUAAUGACUAAGACCCUUUAUGGUUCCCGGGAGCCCUAAAUGUUAAAAAAAAAAAUCCAUAUAUUUUGUUAAGGUUUGAAAAUGAAAAAUAUCAAAAUGGCCCCCGCAUGCUUAAAUUUUUCCGUGUACGGCCCUCAGUGGAAAAAGUUUGGACACCCCUGACAUAAAGGGACCCUCUAAUUCUGACAGUAUAAUUUGACCUUAACUUGAAUUAGAAUUUGAAAAAAAAUAUAUAUAUAUACCGGUAUAUCUUUGAUAAUGUGUGACAAGUUGACUUAAAGGGCUGACAACAUUAGCACUUACAGUAUUUUGUAGCUCUGGACCUAAAAACGGUGUCAAAUUCCCUCCAAAAUAGACAUAGUAGUGAUUUUUGGCUUGUUUUCCAAUGCGGGUCAGCACAUUUUGAAACACCCAAUUUUAGCUCCAAAAUGUGAGCUGGGCUGCAUCCACCUGCUGAUGUCACCUACAGAACACUGCAGGCAAUUUCAUAUUGUGUUUUUGUGCAGAAUUGAGAAAAUAUUAGCAAAGUACACUGGAGAGGAGAAAGGCUUAGGGCCUAAUUUACUAAGUACCGGUAAACAGUGUGUGCAAUCUAUAAAACAUUGUGUAAAUUUAGUGGCCGU